UUAGGACGAACACUGCUGUACAAUUUAAUUAGUUUCAGCACUAGCCCAAAGUAACAACCAUGGGCAAAAAAUUAAAAGUCGGAAAAACCAGGAAAGACAAAUUUUAUCAUCUGGCAAAGGAAACCGGAUACCGAUCUCGUUCGUCAUUUAAGCUUAUUCAGCUGAACCGUAAAUUCCAGUUCCUUCAGAAAGCCAGGGCACUUAUUGACCUAUGCGCUGCUCCAGGUGGUUGGUUGCAGGUGGCAUCAAAGUUUAUGCCUGUUUCCAGUCUUAUCGUAGGAGUUGACUUGGUCCCUAUCAAGCCCAUCCCUAAUGUGGUUACUCUACAGGAAGAUAUUACUACUGAAACCUGCAGACAGGCUCUCAGAAAGGAACUGCAGACAUGGAAGGUAGACGUUGUCCUCAAUGAUGGUGCUCCUAAUGUGGGAGCCAACUGGCAGCAUGAUGCCUUCACUCAGGCUCACCUUACCCUCAUGGCCCUCAAACUUGCCACCGAGUUCCUCUCAAAGGGUGGUACUUUUGUUACCAAAGUCUUCCGAUCAAAAGAUUACCAGCCUCUUAUCUGGAUCUUCCAGCAGUUCUUCAGAAAGGUGCAGGCCACAAAACCACAGGCCUCCCGUAACGAAUCGGCUGAAAUCUUUGUCAUCUGCCAGGGCUAUUUGGCUCCAGACAAAAUAGACAACAAAUUCUUUGACCCUAAACAUGCGUUCAAAGAGGUCGACGUUCAAGUGAAAACUGUCAAAGAGUUGGUCACCACAAAAAAGCCGAAAGCAGAGGGCUAUGCUGACGGUGAUUUGACGCUUUAUCACUCGUUCUCAGUGACUGAGUUUUUGCGGGCAGAAAACCCAGUGGACUUCUUGAGCAAAGCCAAUGAGAUUACUUUUGACAAUCCAGAACUGGAGUCCCACCCAAAAACAACUGCAGAGAUCAAAGAGUGUUGUCAGGAUAUCAAAGUCCUGGGCCGGAAAGAGCUACGGCUUCUGCUCUCCUGGAGGUCUAAGCUGAGGAGGUUUUUAGUCAGGAAACUGAAGGAAGAGGCCAAGCAGCUUGACCAGGACAUUAGUCUAAGCUCAGGUGACGAGAGUGAUUUGGAAGAAAGGACGGAAAAGAGAAAGGACACAGGUGAGAGGGAUGGAAAAGAGGAAGAGGCAGAAGGGGAGGAAGAGGAAGAGGAGAUGGAGAAGAAACUGGCAGAGCUAAAAGCUGGGGAGAUUGCUGAACUUAAACGUAAAAAGAAGAAGCUACUCAAAGAGCGUCGAAAGCAGAGGGAGAGGAUGGAGAUGAAGAUGGACCUGCCUGGAGUGUCCAUCGCAGACAGCCAUGACACCUGUUUGUUUUCCCUGAGCACCAUCAAGAGUGACAAGGCUCUGGGUGAGAUCUCCCAGGGAGACAUGAAAGCAGCGGACACACUGGUGGAUGAAGAAGGUGAUGAGGAAGACUUGUGUUUGUCUGAUGCAGAGAGUGACCAGAUCUCCCUGGCCUCUGACCUGGACUCAGAUGACCUCGAAGAAAUUGAGGAGAAGGAAAAAGAGAUAAAGAAGAGAACCCCGAAAAAAGUGUCAUUCAAAUCUGCAAAGGAGGAAGAGGAGGAGGAAGACGCAGACAAGAACGAACUUCUUGUGGCUCUUGAGGAGAAAGACGAAAAGAGAGACCGUGAGACCAAUCUGUGGUUUAGCAAGGAUAUUUUUGCAGAGCUGGAUCUGGAUGCAGAUGUAGAAAGAGAACUCAAGCAGUCUCAGCUGCUGAAAAAUAAAGACGCUGCAGGUAAGGGCAGUAAGAGAAAGGCCCAAGAUGAAGACGAGUCUGCAGACCAGCAGGGGGAGGAGGCAAGUACCUCACGGGAAAUGGACAAAGCCGCGGAGAAUCAGGAGGACGGCGAUAGCGACAGCGAUUCGGACGAUGACAGCAGCAGCGAUGACGACAGAGCUAUUGCUCAGAUGAAGAAAGGUUCUGGAAGUCUCUCAGGACAAGGGGACGACGAGGACUUUCAAGUGGUACCUGUCGAGAACAUAAAUAAACGCGCGCGGAUUUUGGAUCCCGAGGGAUUGGCUCUCGGCACUCAAAUUGCCACAUCGAAGAAAAGGGCGAGAGACCUGAUCGACAACUCCUUCCAUAGGUUUACCAAUUCACAGGAUAUGACUGAACUUCCCACCUGGUUUGUGGAUGAUGAACACAAACACAGGAAGAGACCUGUCCCAGUCACCAAGGAGAUGGUGGAGGAGUACAGGGAGCGCUGGAAGGAGAUCAACGCCAGACCUAUCAAGAGAGUGGCUGAGGCCAAGGCUCGCAAGAAGAGAAGGACGCUGAAAAAGAUGGAGCAGGCAAAGAAGAAGGCCGAGGCUGUGGUUAACACAGUGGACAUCUCUGAAAGAGAGAAGAUAGCGCAGCUGAAAAGCAUCUACAAGAAAGCCGGCGUGGGGAAAGAGAAGAGAGAGGUCACGUACGUGGUGGCCAAGAAGGGUACAGGGCGUAAAGUGAAGCGCCCGGCUGGGGUGAAGGGGGUGUUUCACGUCGUCGACGGAAGGAUGAAGAAGGAUCAGAGAGGCAAGCAGAGGAAAGAGCAGAGAGCCAAGGGGAAAAAAGGAGGGAAAGGCAUGAUGGGAGGAAGGAAGAAAAUGAAUGGAAGUAAAGCCCAUAAUAAUAGGAACAGGAAAUGAGACCCGCCUUACUUUAAAAACCUCCUCACUUGUUCCUCCCUCUCCUCCCCACCGGGACUGUCAUGGCUGGGAUACUAGGAACAGCCUUCGGGACCUGCGUCCUCAAGAUUACAACUUUAUGUUGUAAUGUUGUUCUCAUCCGUAGAGGAUCAAGUCCAGGCGACAGUAUCUUCAGCGUGGACUACUGUUGCUAAGCUUACGAAUACAGUGAUGCUGUGAUCAUCGCGUAAUGGGUAAACCAUUGUAAUUUGGGCGUUUCUUUUUCCUCUUAAGAAGGAAGAGUGACCUUUUAACACUGAGCAACAGUGUACACCAUAAUGGCCUUCUCACCAACGCGCGGAUCGCUUUUAACCUUCCAUAUGUAAUUUCUACAGGAGUAAUUAAGUUGCUUGUGUUUUGUUUUUUGUUUGUCAUAAUGCAUACUUGGUCCAAUCAGUUAUGUAGAAAAGAAUGAAAAUAUACAUGUUGUUUAAUGUUCUUUUCUCCACGAAAGAGCAUGAUCUACAUGAACAAUAAAG